GCAGCUAAGCAAUGAACAUUCUAGUUUCUCAUGCUGGAGCUGGUUCUAGGUGGGGAGGAGAGGUGGUGGUGGUGGUGGUGGUGGUGGGUGGGGGUAGAAACAGCCGAGGACGUCCGCGAUUGGCUGCUGCGCAGGCGGCACGGCCAUUGGUUACUUUGCGCCCCCCUCCCCCACUCCGACAACGCAGUCACGCGCUUUCCAGGAACCCGUCAGGAAGAUAUCAACAAAACAAACGCGCGCCUGGCUGUCCCCUGAAGGCUCCGGUCACAUCCAGCCGGACAACACGCCCUACAUCUUCCGAGGCUUGAGGUUAAAAAAAAUUACCUUGGGAGAAACUUCAUUACAGUGAAUUUUGUGUACUAAAGUUGACACAUUUCUUCGUCACUUCAACUAUUUAGUAAAACUGGAAACGACUCGAACAAAACAACAGGAAAAUUUUCUCUUGGAUAAAGCAGAUGUGGGUGUGGGAAUGCCGCAGCCCAAUGUUAGCGGAAUGGAUCCUCCAUUUGGGGAUGCCUUUCGUAACCGCACAUUUUCGGAUCAGGCCUUAACCAGCACAGAUUUGUUGGGGAAUAACUCAGAUCCUGAUUUCAUAUAUGAACUGGAUAGAGAAAUGACUUGCACUCACAGCUCCAGAGAUGAUCCUGUGACUUUGGAAGACUGUAAAGAUAUGGACAUUUUAGAGCCUUUAAAUGAGCUACUAGAUUCAGAUCCUUCCUACACUUCAAACUGGGAGCAAUGGGACACAUGCUGGGAAGACUUAACAAAAUAUACCAAAUUAACUAGCUAUGAUAUUUGGGGAACCAAGGAAGUGGAUUUCCUUGGGCUAGACGAUUUUUCCAGUCCUUACCAAAAUGAAGAAGUCAUCAGCAGAACUCCUACCUUGGCCCAGCUUAAUUGUGAAGAUUCGCAACCUGUUUUAGAUUCAUUGUAUCAUCCCGAUUUACUAAAAAGUUUAAAUCAGAAUUCAUUAGCCUCUUCUCUGGCUGGUAAAAAACUUGCAGCAAAUAGGGCAACACCUCCAGUGUCAUCUGCCAGAAGUCCCUGUAUAGAUGCCUGCUUGCCUGAGACAACUCAAAAAAUAGCCAGAUCAAUUUCUUCAAAUGCAUCUCUGGACAGCAGCAACAAACUACAAACACUUAACAGCAAAACAAGUUCUGUUCACGUGGAUAACAAAGACUUUGUUAAGAAAGCCAAAGUCUGGAUUAAUCCCAUUUCAAUUGGUAAAUCAACCUUGGGUGCUACCCAAGUUACCCACAGCAACUUACCAGACAAUUCCUGUUGUAGUGAUAUUGGAGCAACACCCAGGAAACUGGAGAAAAAGAGUGCCGAAAGUCUAUACCCAAAUAAAAUACCCACAGUAUUCAAAGAAAGUAAUGACCUAUAUACUCCAACUGAAACAGCUGAAAUAUUAUCACCACCUGUUUCUGAUCACACCCAGAAAAAGGAAGAGCAUAAUUAUUCUUUGUUUGUUUCUGAUGGUGUGAAUGAACAGUCUCCUAGUAUUGAACAGGAGGCAGAAGACGAUGAUGAGGAUGAAGACGAUGAUGAGGACCAUGAUGAAGGAUUUGGUAGUGAGCAUGAGUACAGUGAUAAUGAGGAAGAUGAAGAUGAUGAAGAGGAGGAAGACAAGGAUGAUGAUGUCAGUGAUACCUUCUCUGAACCAGGAUAUGAAAAUGACACAGUCGAUGAUGUGAAAGACACAUUAACUGGCAUUUCCAGAAAAAGGAGCAAAAGAAGAUACUUCUGGGAGUACAGUGAACAACUGAUACCACCACCUAAACAAGAUCGAAUGUUAAAGCCUUCUGAAUGGGAUAGAGAUACAUUGCCCAGUAAUAUGUAUCAGAAAAAUGGUUUACAGCAUGGAAAAUAUUUAGUGAAGAAAUCUCGCAGAACGGAUGUUGAAGAUUUGACUCCAAAUCCAAGAAAAUUACUACAGAUUGGAAAUGAACUUAGAAAAUUAAACAAGGUGAUUAGUGAUCUGACACCUGUAAGUGAACUGCCAUUAACUGCCAGACCAAGAUCCAGAAAAGAGAAGAACAAACUAGCAUCCAGGGCUUGUCGCCUAAAGAAAAAGGCUCAAUAUGAAGCUAAUAAAGUUAAGCUGUGGGGUCUCAACACAGAAUAUGAUCACCUACUUUAUGUGAUUAAUUCAAUUAAACAGGAAAUAGUAAGUCGAGUACAGAGUCAGGGGGAAAAGGAAAGCAGCAGCAUGCUAGAAAAACUUGAAAAUCUCUUAAACAAAACACUUGGGACAAUGGUAGCUGGACAAACAUCUGACUUUGUCAACCAAGUGUUGGAAAAGACAGGAGAAGGGGACCCAACAGGUGGUCUUGAAGGUCUUCGAGUCCCUACAUCAAAAGUAUAACGUGCCAUCUUCUGUCAAAAGCAGCUUCAGCCUAUAAUUACAUGUCUGCCAUUUCUGUGAUAAAUGUUUGAUUCAUUAUAAAAAAAAGUGACAGUUUGUUAGUUGUGUUAGGCCUGCUUUAAAAUGAGAGAGGAAAACUCAUGUUGAUACAGAGUUCUGGAAAAAGGAAUGCUAUUAUAGAUAUGGUUAUAUGUGCUCAGGUACUAGAAGGUAAAUUUUACUUACCUGCUUUUGAAAUGACCUAGUGAUAUGUUCUAAUAUGUUGGUUGAAACUUAUGUUAAGUUUCAUGAGAAACAUGGAUGCAGUGGUUGAAUCAAGAAAUCAAAAAAAAAUUAUUUGCAGUUCCUUUUAGCGUUUAACAGCUGUUGCUGAUUUUUUUCCCAUUAACACCAUUACUAUAUAUUCUUUUUGUAUAUAUUCUUGUAUUAUUAAGUAUGCGUUAAAUAGCUCAUAGAGUAAAUUACAUGGCCUUUUCAGACAUUGCAUAAGUAUUUAAGUUUCAGAAAGGAGUAAUAUUCUUUGUGCCUUGUAUUUAAAAUGAAAGAAAAGAUGUAAGGUAAUGGAUGUACAGUGGGUAAAUUUUAUGGAUUUAAAAAGUAUUUGUUUAUUUUCACUCUUUGGCUGUUUAACCAUUAUGAAUGUAUAUAGGAAUAUUUCAACGAUGUAGAUAUAUGCCACAGAGUCUGUAUUGUAUAAAGAUGGUUAUUGAAACAAGGGUUUCGGUACUUUUCAGAAAUAUUUGCACACUAUUUUGUACCAAAGACAAAUGCAAUUAUUUGGCAUAAUGCCAGUGAAGUAAAGUUUUGCACAGCUUACACUGAUACAAAAUUGAAUGUAAUCAGGGUGGGGUUAGGGUUUUAUGAGAACUGUGAAAUACGUUGUGUGGGUCCAAAUAUCCACAGAAAGAGGAUGCAAGUACACUUUAUAAGAUUUUGAUCCUAUAAGCUUCUAGAAAAUCAGAUAUUGAGAGUUUAUGGGCUCGUAUCUUCUGCAGAUGUAGAUGCAUAGCGAAAGAAUGUAAUUUAUAAGUAGUUUUGUGUUAACAUUUCAGUGUAAUAUAGUGGCUUGCAGUUGUUACAUUAAAAAGAAAAAAAAGCAUGUAUGUGGUACACUCUUGAAACAAAGGCAAAUAACCAAAAUUUAAUUUUAACUAUUUGUACAAUUGUAUAAAUGUAUAUUGCCUACCUAUACUAAAAUUCCUCAGUUGCCACCUUUUGCAUUUAAUGUAGUAAUGUGCAUGUCAGAUUUCUAAAUGUUACUUGAUAGGAUGUAAAAAGUACUUCUAAAGCUAUAUAUUUUUGUAUUUUCAAUUAGGUAACCAAAAUAGAUAUUGUUAAAGGUAAGUAUAUGAAUACUGUUGAUCUUAUUUGGUCAUUGCUGUAGCUUUUCAGUUAGGACAUUACAAAAAGACCAAUUUGGUUUUCAGCUUUUAUUUUGUAUAGGCAUUAGUUGUAACUGGAUUGAAAAGUUAUGUCACUUUGGUAGGUCAUAGGUCCAAAAACAUCCUUCACAAGUGCUGAUAGCUGAGAGUUAUUGUCAGAUUUCAGAGUUUAGUGUUAACAUCCAUGCUAUGUACUACUGGCAGCCUGUUGAAGUGCAGUUUGAUUUUGAUUCUCAGUGUUUUUCUGUAAAUAAAGAAAGGUAGCUUUUCAUUGAUGAUAUUUUACUUCAUGGAUAUUAGAAUCGCACUUUGUCACCAUUGCAUUUGUAUUCUUGCCAUUUGCUGCUACUCCUGACCUGUAAGAAUGCUACAUCGAUACUUGAUUUAUACCUGUUAGUAAAAUGUAUAGUUACGCUUGGGCAACAAGAUGAAAGCAAGCUGUGCAGCUUUACAUUUUACCAGGGGACUCUGUGGCACUAAAAAGUCUAGAAAUGGUUGUAAUUUGAUGCCAGUAAUAUCUUGCUUCCUUUUUCAUGAAAUAUUUUAAUGUAUGCUAAUAUAUAAAAAUAACCUUAUAAAAAGAGAAAUGUAUAAUGUUCUAUUUGGAAUUUUUGAUAUAUUGAGCAUGUUCAGUGUUCUUGGAAUGAUUGGUUUAUCCUUGUUAUAAUUUUUGGAACAACAGAUCUGUAAAACUGUCUCCAGUCAGAAAGUACCCAGUAGGACUGAAUAACUAUUUUUAUGUUUAGAUUUAUUUAGUCCUAUUUUCAGACCUUACCUGUUUUCAAUACUCAAUUUUUCCUGGCACAAUUGCAAUAGUUUUACAAUGCAGAGCUGAGCUAGACUCUGCCACCCAAAACCAGCAGUUUGGAUAAAUCAAAUUGAUAACUUCUGUUGCUUUUAAUAUUUUAGUUCUGUACACUGGAAAAUACAAUCCUCAGUCAGAUUUUAAAUGUGUAGUGAAAGAGCCAUGUAUUCUAAAUUUCACAAAAAAGGUAAAAAGCUGGCGGCAAAGUCAGUGGAAAGUUCAAGAAGUUGCUAGAAAUGUUUAAGAAAUAGAAGCAGGAGUAGGUCAUUUAGCCCCUCAUGCCUGUUCUGCUCUUCUUUUACCUCAGUGCCAUUUUCCCGCACUAACCCAAAAUCCCUUGAUGCCCUUAAUAACCAAAAAUCUGUUGAUUUCUGACUUGAAUAUACUCGACCUCCACCACCCUUUUGGGUAGAGAACUCCAAAGAUUCACUAUCAUCUGGAUGAAAAUCAGUCCUAAAUGGCUGACCACUUUGCAUCUGUGACCCCUGCUUCUAGGCAUUUCAGCCAGGGGGAACAUUUUCCUAUUAGCCCUGAGAAUUUUGUAUGUUUCAGUGAGAUCACCUCUCAUUCUGCUGAACGUGAGAAUAUUGGCCCAGUCUAUUGUAAGUAUAUACCUGCUUAGGGAGACCAGAUCUGUACACAAUAUUCUGGGUGCAGUUUCACCCAGGCCCCGCAUAAUUACAUUAAGACAUGUUUAUGCUGUAAAAUUCUUUGGGGAUAAAUGCUGAAAUACUCUUUGCCUUCCUAACUUCAUGCUGCAUCUGCACAUUAACUUGCAGUGAUUUGUGUACAAGCACACCCAGGUCCCUCUGAACACCAGCUCCUUAAAUCUCUCAUCAAAAAAGUAUUCUGCCUUUCUAUUUUCUCUACCAAAGUGAAUGACCUCAUAUUUGUACAGUUCUUAUUCCAUUUGCCAUGUACUUUCCCAUUUGAACAUGUGCACAUCUUAUUGAAAGCCCUUUCAACCUAAACUGCUACCCCGUUUAGAGUCAUCAGCAAACUUGAAUAUAUGACACACAGUCCUCAUCCAAAUUGUAAAUGUAGAUUGUGAAUAGCUGGGGCACCAGCGCUGUUCCCUGCAGCAUCCCACUGGUCAUGGCCUCCUAACCUGAAAGUAACUUAUUUAUUCCUACCCUGUUUCUGUCAGUUAACCAAUCCUCAGGCCCAAAUGAUUUAAUUUUGGUUAAUACCCCAUUGUAGCAUCUUGUCAAAGUCCUGAAAGUCCAAAUAGGCCGCAUCACCAGUUUUCCCUUACUUAUUCUAUGCAUUACAGCUUUUUAAAAAAAACUCAACAGAUUUGUCAGAUAUGAUUUGCCUUUACGCCUUAACAAAAUGGAUCCUCAAAUGCAAACUGUUGCCAUGUACAAUUUUAGACCGUGUUCACAGAAGUGUUGGAAUUUUGAUGUUGGAAACUACUGAUGAUAGUUGAGGUGUUGAAUUGUAUUAAGUUAUAAUAGUGAAUAAGUUAAUAACUGACAAUAUGACUCCACUUUGUGAACAGUGCUUCUUCAUGAAAUUAGUUGUGGAUAAUCCAAAUUAUCAGUACUCUGAUCCUGUUUGAUUACAUCCAAUGUUACGAAUUAAUGUUUUCAAAAUUUCACAAUUAAUGGUAAAUUUUAUUAAGAAUGAUAAUAUUACAGAUCACUAUAUUUAGAUUUUACUACAUUUCUUAUGUGUAUUGUAAAUUUGAAGCACAUAAGACCCAAAGAAUGCAAAAUACUUAGAAUGAGUAUUUUGAACGUACAACCAUUUUAUUUGCACAAUGUCAAGUGAUUAAUUAGAUCAUUCCCCUAAAUCAGUUAUAAUUCUGGUUUUAUUUCCGAAAGAACACCUUUUUAUCUUUUCAAAGAAAUUCUCACCCAAUUCAUUUUAUUAAAAUAUUCUAACAACUUGUAUAGUAAUUUUAAGAAAAUCUGUGCUCAAAUGUAAACAUUUUGCCAGAUGUACAAGUUUGUUAAAUAUUUAUUGACGUGGUUAUGGCAACUUUAUUAUAUGUUUUAUAUACCUUUUGAAAUGAAGUUCUUCCAUGAAUUCACCAGACAACUAUACCUUUGCUCAAAGUUGACAGGUCUGUUGUUUCCAAUAUAAAGAUACCUACUUUUAAGAGAAAAAUGUGUUUGAUACACAAUAUAUAUUUAGUAGUGGCACAAUAGAUUAUAAGUUUGAAAUCCUGAACAUCUAUGCAGUUGUCUUCCAUCCACGCGUUGUGAAAUACGUGUUCACUUUACAAUGCAUUUUGAACUUCUGUCUGCUUUCUUUAAAUUCUAUCUAUAAUUCAUCUUGAGUAAAGACAAUUAAAAUUAACUGCUGGCUAA